CGUUCAGAAUUAGACGAUAUUUCCCAUUUCCUGGUAUAUCUAGGUCGUGUGGUUUUUAAUCGUCAAAUGUGUUUUUAUGUCGUUACUGAAAGCUACGUAGCGGUCUUUCAUUUGAUUUGGGAAGUUUUGAUGAAAACUCUGUCAUUAAUGUGGCAGGUUAACCAGACAGCUGACUAGCUGUUGGGUACUACUAGUAUGCUGCUAGUUACUGAGCCAGCUAGUACAAGCUGAGCGUGGAGCCGUAUAUUUUGCAAUAGAAGGGUUUGGUUACUUGGUAGGAAAAGUAGCUAGAUCGGUCGUAUUUAUUUUUGGUAGUCAUGAAAAUCUUUUGGACUGCACAAUAUAGAUUAAAGCAUAACCAUAUGUAGCUAUGUAUUUCGCUAUUUUAAUUUUAUAAAUGAUCUUUUUAUAAUGGAUUUAGCUGCCUACUCAAGCUAGCGAGCAUUAAUAUGAAAUACGAGCUACGUUAGCUGCAGUGAUGUUACAGUCCCUUAGCCAGGCUGCCUUACAGCCGAAAUGUGAGCUUAGAGGAAGCUGUUUAUCUAUAUGCAUUGCUCAUCUUGUAUGAUUGUAUGUUGCGUGUUGGCCCUGUGAUGGACUGGCGUACUGUCCUAGCUGUCCCCUGCCUUGUACCUUCUGCUUCAGGGUCACUGCCACCAUGUACUGUAUAUGUGGUAAUAGAAAUUACACUCGUGGAUAUUAGCUACUAUUUUAUACAUGUAUGUGUAAAGUGGCUCUAGGCUUUCCAUGACCAACCACUGGAUAACUAGUUGUAAGAAGGACAGACAGCCUUGUCCUGAGUGCUUUGGACCGGAAUGGCACCAGGGGACAUGGUCCCGGAGCAUGGCAAGCAGCAUAAGCCCAGGGAGAAGCGGCAGACCAGGAGCUCAGAGAGCGAAUGCGAGGCCGACGGAUCCUUCAUCUUCGAAGCCAAUGAGGCCUGGAAGGAGUUCCACAACUCGCUUCGGCAGUUUUACGCGGCGGGAGAGCUCUGUGACGUUACACUGAAGGUGGGCAGCAAACUAAUACCAUGCCACAAGCUAGUGCUGGCUUGCGUGAUUCCCUACUUCAGGGCCAUGUUCUUGUCGAAGAUGGCCGAGGCCAAGCAGGAGCUUAUUGAGAUCCGGGACUUUGAUGGGGAUGCCAUUCAGGACCUUGUGGACUUUGCCUAUUCAUCACGUUUGACGUUGACGGUCGACAACGUGCAGCCGCUGCUGUACGCGGCGUGCAUCCUGCAGGUGGAGCUGGUUGCACGGGCCUGCUGCGAGUACAUGAAGGCGCACUUCCAGCCCUCCAACUGCCUGGCGGUGCGCACCUUUGCGGAGAGUCACAACCGUGUGGACUUGAUGGGCAUGGCGGACCGUUACGCGUGCGAGCACUUCUGCGAGGUCGUGGAGUGUGACGACUUCCCCUGCGUCUCGCCACAGCAUCUGUGCACUCUGCUCUCUUCCAGCGACCUCAACAUCCAGUCGGAGACCCAGGUCUAUAAUGCUGCUGUGAAAUGGCUGAAAGCCAACCCACAGCAUCACGACACCUGGCUAGACCAGAUCUUAGCCCAGGUGCGUCUUCCGCUGCUGCCUGUGACCUUCCUGACGGGAACUGUGGCCAAAGAGGAGAUGAUCAGAUCGAACUUGAAAUGCCGCGAUCUGCUGGACGAGGCUAGAAACUACCACCUGCAUCUGAGCAACCAGGCCGUGCCUGACUUUGAAUACUCUCUCCGCACUACGCCCAGGAAACACACAGCAGGUGUGCUCUUCUGCGUGGGGGGUCGAGGUGGCUCUGGAGACCCCUUUCGUAGCAUUGAGUGUUACUCCAUCACCAAGAACUGUUGGUUCUUUGGGCCGGAGAUGAACAGCCGGCGUCGUCAUGUCGGUGUCAUUUCUGUAGGAGGAAAGGUUUACGCUGUUGGAGGUCAUGAUGGAAAUGAGCACUUGGGUAACAUGGAAGUGUUUGACCCACUUACCAACAAAUGGAUGAUGAAAGCAUCCAUGAACACAAAAAGGAGGGGAAUUGCCCUUGCUGCUCUGGGGGGUCCCAUCUAUGCCAUCGGUGGCCUGGAUGACAAUUCGUGUUUCAACGACGUUGAGCGCUAUGACGUUGAUGCGGAUCGAUGGAGUGCAGUGGCCCCCAUGAACACCCCCCGUGGAGGGGUGGGCUCUGUAGCCCUGGGGAGCCAUGUAUACGCAGUGGGAGGCAAUGAUGGCGUAGCUUCACUCUCCAGUGUGGAGAGGUUCGACCCCCAUUUGAACAAGUGGACAGAGGUGAAGGAGAUGGGUCAGAGGCGCGCGGGGAACGGUGUCAGCGAGCUCAACGGCUGCCUCUAUGUCGUGGGGGGUUUUGACGAUAACUCUCCUUUGAGUUCGGUGGAGUGCUUCGACCCUCGAAUGCAUCGCUGGGAUUAUGUGUCUGAGCUGACCACCCCCCGAGGCGGUGUUGGUGUGGCCACAGUCAUGGGCCGUGUCUUUGCAGUAGGGGGACACAACGGCAACAUUUACCUCAACACUGUGGAGGCCUAUGACCCACGCAUGAACAGAUGGGAGCUGGUGGGAUCUGUGUCACACUGCCGUGCCGGUUCUGGGGUAGCCGUGUGCGCUGCUCACAUCAGCCAGAUUCGGGAUGUCGGCCAGGGUUCCAGCAAUGUGGUGGACUGCAUGUGAACUGUUCCUUGGAGGGGGGGCGGAGCUUGUGUGUAACAGCUGGACCUGGCAGCAACAACGCUGUCAUCCAGCCGCUCAACACACCCUUCACAGAAUUUAUUAUGUAACGUUUUAUUUAUUUUUUUUCUCGUUUUGGGUGUUUGCUUCAGGUUUCAGGUCGUGCCGCACAAUCCUUAGUAGCAGUGUAACUUCAGUAGUGCUAAUAACCUGUGUUUCCUGGUGAAGCAAAUGUGAUAGAUUACCAUGUCUUCAGAAUAGCCCUCGAACAGUCUUCGAAAUGGUGGCAUUUGAAAUAGUGAAACAGCAGGUUUUAAUAAAGACGGGGACCACGUCAACAUUGCAGAGGCCUCGUGGUUGGCUUGUCGUGGCAAUAUCCGUAUGAUGAUUAUUAGUUACCAGCUUCAGCUGGACUCAAAUGACAGUCAGAUGCAGUAGUGUCAUAAUGUUAAGUUGUCUAUUACAAGUUCUCGAUUUUUUUUUUUUUUUUUUUUUUGAAUGUGUCAGUGUUCAUAUGAUUAUCAAAUGUAACAGAUUUUUUCUUUGAAGAACUGUUAAGUGGAGUUUGCGCUUUGCGAGUGAACAAUCAUUCUUAAUCUGAGUCUGAUAUUAGAAACAGGCAAAAGUCAAUGUACUGUACACAAGAUGCAUAUAGGAUGUUCCAUUUUUUAAUUGACUAGAAUUAUCUUGCACUAGAGAUUUGUUUACUGUUUUAGUGAAUGGAGUUUUGUAUUUGCGAUGACGCCACUAUCUUUGCCUGUUGGGUUAAUAUAAAGUUCUGUGCUGAGCUUUCCCCCGGCCCCCCCAAUGAUUUAAAGAAAUGUUUCAGAUGUAUUUUAAUGUGUUUUGUUUAAUCUUUAUCUAUCUUUGAAGUGUUCUCGUCAUUGGAAUUUGUCAUGCUGUUUGCCUAAUUAGAAUGGGGUAAUAUUUUUGUCUGCAGAAUAGUUUAUUGUUAUGUUGAAACUUUAGAGGUCUAACUUGCUUUUUGGGUUUUGUAUUGUUGUGCAUUUGCUUAGUUUUCCUCACCAUUUGCUUGUGAAAUAGGCAGGUUGUUAGGUCUUUCUAUAGAAAUUGAAUAUUUUAUUAUCCCUGGCAGUAUACACUAAAACUAAACAAAUUACUUGACUAAAGACAUUACAGCAUUUAUAUUUGUGUAACAAAUGUAUUUUUGUAUUUGCUGCUUAGGGAAUAACUGCUGGCAUCCUUGUGUGCUGUGCUGUGUGGUUAAUUUCAGUUUUGUUUACCUCUGUAGCAUGAACGUUUUGUUGUACAUGUUAGGAUUUGACUGAAUAUUUUAUGUACAAAUAAGUGUGUAAAAGGAUUUGCAUACUAAUACACAGGCCUUGUCAGACUUGACGCAAUUCAUGUCAUGUACUGGGGGGGGGCUUUACCUACUGAACCGUGGUAAUAACAGCAUUAAUAAGGACAUUCACUAGAUUUAAGAACAUUUUUCUCACUAUUGUAGUUUUGCACUUCCUGCAGCUGUGAAACUUUUGAUAUGUGACUAAUCACAUUCUCUGUUGCUCUGACUAGCUGUCGACACAAUCGGUGAUCCCAUGUUAGGCUUGAGUUCCCCUUAGACCAUCAUAGUUUGAAUAUCCUUUGUGUUGCAUGCCUGUGUAAGGGACAUGAGAUGCAACAGUGAUUAAAAAUCGCAUUCAGAACACAAGAUCAGGGUUUAUGUUUUCCUUUUAUUUUUGGUUCUGUUGUAUUUAUUACCAGCAGUUGUAUUAAAAAUAAACUUCUGUGCUGAGCAGUUGGGCUCUUUGAUGUUAUUAAAGCUAUUUUACCUUUUAGGUCAACCAACUGUGCAUAUGCAAGUACAUUUUUUUUUUCCCAGCUGAUAAGUGUUUACUUUUAUUGUUGUAUUAAAUAUGUAGCUAACACAGGUAAAAGUUAGCCUGAACCAGGUUAAAAAGUAACACUGUAGUAGGGUAUUUGUUGUAUAAGUUUACAAUCUCUAAAUAUGCAGAACUGUAAAAUGAAUAAAAGUAGCAGUUUUUGAA